GAGACGUGGGGCCGCAGCGUCAUGCUCCCUCAGUGCGGAGGUGUUUCUCAGAGGGAAGUGCGGGGUUUCUCCGGCGUCGGAAGCUUGUUUAUUGUUGCUUGAAUGAUGCGUGAGUAGCGCGCGCGCGCAGGUCGCCAUGUUCCCCGGGGUGGUGUACGCCCUGCUGGCGGGGUUCCUCGGCGCAGUGGCCUCGUCCUCCGCCAAACUGUCUCUCGGCACAGAUUAUCUGAAAGGCGUGUGUGAGACGGGACUGAGGACGUGGGGAGAACAGAGGACAUUCAGACACGCCGAUGAGACCACCGCGUGCGAGUGGCUGCACAUCCCCCUGCGUCUGCUGUGCGGUGGGCUGCUCUUCACCUGUAAUGCUGUGAUGUGGACCUUCCUGUCGAAAGCCCUCAGGUACUCUUCAUCCUCUACCCGAACCACUGUGACCACCACUGCCUCCAACUUCAUCUCCUCUGCGCUCCUUGGGCAGCUCAUCUUUGGAGACAGCCUCGUUGCUCUGUGGUGGGUCGGGGUCUCGCUCACACUCUCGGGUCUCCUGGUGCUACAACGCUCUUCCUCCACCAAUACACACUCUGAGACCUCAAAAAAAGACGAAUGAAACCAUGCGGACUGAAGACAUGCGUCAUGACGAACAUCAGCGGCUUUUUCGCGAUUUAAAGAGCUGUAACCAAAAGUAAUCAAACUAGAUAUGAGCGCUAAAAAAAAAAAAAGUAAAGAUGACGAAGCACAAAAAGUAUAAACGUUAAAUUUAGGAAAAGGCUAAAGUAGAAUUAGAAUAUAGAAACUUUGCUCUGGUUUAAAACUAGCAAAGAAUUUAAUUACAGAUUGCUGACAGCUCCAUUUAAUUGCUCUUGGUUUAUUUAUGAUGUGUGGAUUUCUAAUCCUCAUUGAAAUUGCUGAUAUUGCUACAACACACGAAUUUUUUUAGCAUGUAUCUUACCUGCUCGUUUGUCACAUGAAUACUGUGGCUAGUUAUCAUAACAAGGGCGAAGACGCUAUAGCCAUGUGCUUUUAAUUGGUGAUAUAAAUUGUGAGCAUAUUUAACAUAGGCAGCGUUCUGUUAUAUAAUCACUGGUCCAGAGACAUCUGAUCCAGAUAAGGCGAGACCUUAAUCCUCUUGAAGGACACAAUGGACAGAACGGCCAUUUUGAGUUCUCUCAGCCUUCGUGAACGUAUUGUGUGAAGAUCCCUGGGUUGUGAACUCCUGGGAUCAUUUUGGAGGACAGGACCGUGACAUGGGUCAACAAUCACAGAUCCUUCCAGAUUUUUUAUUAACCAUUCUAAACACCUCAUAGUGGAGGGACCUCAUGAUGUCAUGGCAGGAGCUAGUGUGAGUACUGGAUCAUACCAAAGACUUAAAUCCUGGAUGUUCUGGUGUGGGAUGAUGGAGUGAUGAAAAAAGAUUAAUGGAAACAAUACAAGAAAGAAAAGAAGAAGAGUGGUGAAUAACACAACGUUCAUGCUAGCAAGUAACUUGUGAACGUAGCCUGCUUCGUGUUUUCUGUUUUAUUUCCAAAUAGAAAUGGUGGGAGCUUUAGCACAUAGCUUCUAAAGCUAAAGACCAAGCUACACCUAGGCUAUUUGAACACAAAUUAAAUACGCUACAUGCUCGUCUUCAAACUGGACUAGCUACCUACACUCAUCAGAAGCAUCAAUAAUCUCUAUUCCCAGCUUUAUUUUUUUGUGGAAAUGUCUUAGUGACAGGAUGUAUAUGGCAGGAUUUGGAAUCAGACUGUAAAAGGGAGCUUUUUGCAGAUAGGAAGUAAAGUUGUGAGCAGGGAUCAGGAUUGGACAGAGGAAUCGGUCGAGCGGUUGUUUAGAUUUGUCGUGUCGUUGCAGCAGCGUACCUAAUUAGCACAGUACUGAGAAAAUCUCUUUAAAUAUUGCAGUGUUGUUGGAAUCAUAUCUCUCUGCCUCCCGCAGAGACGUGGGGGAGAAAAAGAUCACUUGCUACGUUGAGAAGAAUUGAAGCUGCUGAUUGGUCAACUGCUGUAACACCACUUGUGACAUCAUCAGCUGUCACUUUGUUUCAAAGGGAAAGUUUCACACUUCAGUAAUGAAACAGUAUAAAGUUUAUUAAAAAAUGUAAACAGCAUGUGUAACAGGUGUUUAAUCACGGCAGGUUGGAUUGUAACGAUGGAAUCAUGAAUCCGUUUCCUCUCACGUGUUUCAGCUGCCCCUCCCCCCCAACCAAGAAUCCUCCCCAGUGAACACGUUUCACGCGGAAAAGGAUUUUUAAUGUCCGUGAUAUCACAAUAUUAUUUUUCUCCGCCCGGGUGUGCAUGAUGUCAUCACGCUGAGAUCCACUACACAUCCACUGUGCCUCUGCCCUUGUCCACUUUAGAAAAUUGUGACCUAGAAACAGAGCUAGAGAAAUGUUCAGCCUUUUUUUCAGCUGUAUAAUAAUAGAGCAGAGCGGCAUGUGAUGAACACCUUCACGCGUCUCAUCGUCUCUUCCACAGACACAUCACUGUGAUCAGCGAGCAGCAAUGACGCAAUAACAACUAGCACAAAAUCAAGCUUAAUCUCUGAACAAAAACAUUUCACGGGCGCUUUCUGUCGCGGAUAUCUGACCCGGUUCGGAUAUAAACAGAAAAUCCUUUAAGGAACCCAGCGACAAAAUGCACAGUUUGUAACUAAACAACCAAAUCCAGAACUUCCACACGCUCCUCCAUUCGUAUAUGGUAUAUAAUAUUGAAAUGUAGAAGAUGUAAUGUAAAUAACGUAAAGUUGUUAAAGCUAAAAACAAAUGCUAAUGUGCUAGUAACAAAAAGUAAAGAAUUUUUGAAACACAAUCUUGUUUAAAGAAAUGCUUCACAAUUGCUGAGUGAUUGAAAGAUAGCGAGACGUGACCCGUUAUCAGGAUUCACGUGGUCAAAUAGCCAGAUUAGCCAAUGCUAAAUGCUAGUGCAAACUGCUGACAUGAUGGCAAGUUAGGAACAUGCUAACUGUUCAGAUUCGACCUACAUGCUACUGAAUGCAGUUUGUAAAGCUUCAGAUAAAACUGCUAAUGCAAAACUGUUAAUGGAGUUAUAAUAAUAAAGCUAUUUAGUAAUGACCAUGCUAAAUUCCAGGAUUGGCAUUUUAUUAAAUAUGUUUGUUUUUUUUAAGCUAAUUCACCCUUUAAUGGAUGUAUAGUAACAGAACAUGUAAACGUACAAAUAGUAAAUAAUUCUUUUCAUAAUAAAUAAUAAGUUCUUAAAUUUGACUGGAAGGAUUUAUAGUUUAGCAUCUUAGUUUUCUUUUGGUCAAACUCUGUCUUUAAUUGUUGCAGGUAUGGAAUUAAUCAUUCUAAUAAGAUGAUGACUGAUGAGAGAAAACAUUAACUCAAUUUGUAAUAAAUGUAACUUGUAAAAACUAAUAUACUUAAAAGGAUUCAGUCAAAUUGCUAACUGAUAAACAACAAAUUUAGCUGGGUAACUGCUACAUGCUAGUUUUCAUGUUAGCAUUGCUGCUAAUGCUGUAAUGGUUAGGGGACAGAAUGUCAGUGUUGGAAUUGAUCGUGUGUCCUAGCAGAGAAUUUCUAACAGUGAAUUGUAG